AUGUCCGACAAUCUUCCCAGCAGUCGCCUCGAUAUCGUUCAGUAUUUACAGGCUAAGGACGAUAUCCCCUCGGUGAAGCGUAUCCUCUCGCUCCAUCCCGACAUAGAAGGAUGGCCGGAGUUCUAUAUCGGCCAACACCAGACUAACUGCUGCGUGCUCAACAUACUACUGGAAGCCGGCGUGUUACCAGAAACGCUAGCUUUGUACUGGUCAGCGCUGACCAAUAACGAUCAUCUGGUCUUGGAAUUUCUUUUGCGACACCGUGCAUCGGAUGCAGACGAGUUCUUCUUCAAAACGGCCGUGAAGAGAUCAUCAGAGGAGAUACUCAACCUGAUGGCUCGGUAUCAAGAUCCUGGGCCUUACCUUCCGGAGCUUGCACCUACCAUGGAGGAAGAAGGAGUACACUACAAAGAAGGACAUUUUGUGAAGCCAGACAGGGUAGAACCGGGCUUUCUCGACGAGCCAUGCACCGAGGACGAGGCGAGAAAAGCAGUUGAUGGAGCUGAUAGCCCAAAGGCUAUACAGCAGUUUGCACUCAUUUACCCUGAGUUGUUCUCAGAGUUUCUUCUCUCUAAACGGAAGAGGAGACCGGUCAUCAUACAGACUUUGGCCAUACUUGGAUGUCCUGGAGUAAGAUUCGAACCUCAUAUGUGCGAUGCUUACAUGAUCAUAAUAGAGCUGUGCAAGUAG